GUAGGAUUUGCAGGCUUCAUGCUCACCACUCUCGGGUCUUGGUUUUACUGCAGAAUGAACAACGCUAAGUUACGGGUGCAGCAGAGGGUCAUACAGGAGGGCAUCCGGAACAAGAUGGUCAUCAUGACCUGCUGCUGUUCACACGACAUCAGCUGAGAAACAACUUCACAGGAAGACAUAAACAGGAAGAGUGCUGCCUCCUAUGGCUGAUGCCAGCACACAGGUCACGACUCAAUCUGAAAUCAUCAACUUCACCAGCAACAGCACUGCGUCUACAGCAGUGCAGGUAGCCACUGUGAUGAAGUGGUUGACAUUCGGCAUCGGGUUGCCUGUCCUCGUCCUGGCCCUUUAUGCCCUCAAGAACCUCUCCAAAGGUGAGAGCAAGGUUCCCAUGCACAUCAUGUUCCUCCUGGUGUCGGACAUCAUCAGCUUCUUCAGUCGUCCCUCUGUGGAUCAUAGCAUGGAAGCUGACCCGGUCUUCUCCAGAAAUGGCACAGACAUCAUCUUUUACUUUGGGAUCAUUUCCAACAUCUCCCUCAUGCUGUUCAUAGCCCAGGAGCGCCAUCUGCUGGUGGCCUACCCACAGUGUCUUGGCUGUUACACCAGUAUCAGACAGUCACCUGCAGUGACCUUCCUGGCAUGGGCCAGUCCUUUCGCCAUGCUCACCCUCGCCUUGCUAGGCUACAACCUGUGGUUUGCCGUCUCUCUGCUCGUUCCUUUUCCCGUCCUCCUUUUUUUCGCUGUGGAUUCCUGGCGGGCGCUACACUGCUCCCGAUCCAACCCGCCAAGCCCAGAGAAGAGGAGGACAGUGUUUGGCAUCGGGGCAAUCUGGGCCAACUACACUUUCCUUUAUGCCCCCUUUAUCCUCAGCAUCCUCUUGGAGGCUCUGUCCUUCAAGGAUAAAGUCCCCUACCUGGUGCAGGUGUCUCACCUGCUUCUCUACCUCAGCCCACUGGCGUCUCACAAGGCAAACAGCACUUUGACAGAGUUCUGCUCUCUGUUGAGUUUGCGGCGGGUCAGUCCCAACACGGCGACUGAUGACAAUGGUGACGAAGGAGGUGGUGAUGAUGAUGACGUGCAGCAAUUCCUCUGUAUGCGGCUGUCCGAAAACAAAUGUGGCUGA